UCGCUCUCUCUGUAUCCUGAGUGUUUCCUUAUCAUGUCUCUCCUCUUGUUGUCAUCUCCACCCCAGGCCUGGCUGACUGAGAUCCACGAUUACGCCCAGCAGGAUGUGGUCCUGAUGCUGCUGGGAAACAAGGCUGAUGCCACACAGCAGAGGGUGGUGAAGAGAGAGGAUGGAGAGAGGCUGGCCAAGGAGUUUGGGGUUCCAUACAUGGAGACCAGUGCAAAGUCUGGCCUCAAUGUGGAGUUAUCCUUCACUGCUGUGGCCAAAGAGCUGAAGCACAGGUCUAUGAAGGAGCCCAACGAGCCCAAGUUUAAACUUCAGGACUACGUCAACAAGGAGAUGAAGAGUGCUGGAUGUGCAUGUUAGAACACUGGGUGUGUGUGUGUGGGUACGUGUGCGCGUGCCAGCUCGUGUCCUUCUCCACACCUUUCUCUAUUCCUCUCCUUUCUCUUCUCUCCUCUCCUCACCUCUCUCCCAUCUCUCCUCUCCUCACCUCCCUCUUUUCCUCUCCUUUCUCUUCUCUUCUCUCCUCUCUUCACCUC